AUGUCGUCGAAGCGGCGGCAGGAGCAGUGCCAGGGCCAGCCGGCCAGGGGACCGGGCUUCACGAUCCGCAAGAUCGAUGCUGACAACCCUCACCUCGGGGAGCCCCCAGUCCUCCGGCUCGUGGCACCCGAGCGCCGCCAUGCCACGAGCUUCGCCGCCCUGGGAAGCAACAUCCUCGCCGCGAGCAACCAGCACCCCGGGACCCUCGUCUACGACACGGAGACCGCGGGGUUGGCCACCGGCCCCUGCCUCCCUGACCCGCUGCUCGGCGGCGUCAACAUCUUCGUGGUUGCCGGCGGCACGCUCCCAGCUUCGGACUGGUCAUGGCGAAGCGUGCCUUUCCCGCCACCGUUCAUGCCGGAGGAAGUGAUCGUCUCCUACGCCGUGCACCCGGACGGACGCACCAUCUUCUUGUCCGCCGCCCACGGAUAUUUAAGCAACCGGACCUUCUCCUUCAACACCAGGCGCCGCGAGUGGAGGUGCCAUGGGGACUGGGCGUUGCCUUUCAGAGGCCAAGGCUACUUCGACAGUCAGCUGGACGCAUGGGUUGGGCUCCACAAAGAUGGCGGCGUCUGCUCCUGCCAAGUUGCCUCCCGCAGCAGCACGAGCGCCGUGCAGCCGGACUGGGAGAUGGUCGAGGACAAGCUGUGGAGCCAUGACAAUGUGGCCUUCAGGCCUACUCUGACGUACAUGGGCGGCGCCAGGUUUUGCAUCGUGGAGUGCGUGGUGCGCGAGGGGCUGAAGUAUACGCACGCCUUUGGUGACCGUGAUGGUUGCAUGCUCCACAUCACCACGUUUGGCCUCAAGUACAGUCGAAAGGGAGAGCUGCAAACCAUCGGCCGCACCACCAAGUCCCAUAUAGUGUCGAAGCAAUCUUCGCCAUUUUCCCCUGUAGCCUUCUGGAUGUAG